AUGGACACAGCAGAUUCAUCAGCAAACGAUAAAAUUUAUCAACCGUCGAUUUCGUCGUCGUCACAAGAUGAAACGGAAACGUCGUGUUCCUUAAUAUCCGAACAACGACCAAUUAACGGUAAAAAAUCUGUUCCUCCGAUUAAAGUUCCUCUGACAAGACCGACGAAUUUUAGUAGAAAUAAUAGAAAUACUGGAGUUCCAAAAUUUUGUGAGUUAAUGUACGUUUGGAGCACAAGCGCAGUAGGAAUGAACGCAGACAAACCAACAAACAAAUAUACAUCCACAGAAAACAUUCAGCUAUUCAAUAGAGGCCACAAUAAGCCUAAAAAACUUUCAAUGUCCGACGACAUCCUUCACACCCCCAACUACCUAUCGUGGCGCAAAAUGCACCUGUCCAAAGCCAAACUGAAAGCUUCCAGCAAAACAUCAGCUCUACUUUCAGGCUUUGCAAUGGUGGCCAUGGUAGAGUUACAGCUCAACAACGAAACCUCCAUUCCACCACCAGUUUUAGUAGUUUUCGCGGUUAUCACUACAUUGCUUGUAGCUGUUCACAUGCUAGCCUUAAUGAUCAGCACUUGCAUUCUACCAAACAUUGAAACAGUAUGCAGUUUGGAGUCUAUAAAUUUUGUAGACGAGUCUCCGCACGAAAGACUACAUUGGUAUAUUGAAAUAGCAUGGGCGUUUUCAACUUUGCUAGGUUUAUUGUUGUUUUUGGCUGAAAUUGCUAUAAUUUGCUGGUUGAAGUUUUAUCAUAUCAACACUGUAGCCGCCUGGUCAGCGACUAUAGUCCUGAUACCAGUUUUGUUUGUAUUUUUAGCUUUUGCUAUACAUUUUUAUAGGUCUCUGGUCGCUCAUAAGUACGAAAUUAGCAUGAAGGAACUGAAACGGAUGAACGAUCAAAUUGGGGAUGUCAGCAAUAAGUUGUUUAGAGAUGAGUCGGUUUCUAAUAAUAUUCAAGUGGUUUGA